GCUAACGUGAGGACGAAAACUGUAUUUUUCCUUCGAAAACGGCAUAACAUAUCACGGUGAUGUCUUGGAUUUAUUGAAAUAAAGACUAUAAAUAUAAUAUAAAGUGGCUUAUUCGGUUACCCAUUCAUUGCACCAACUUGACAUGUCACAUUACAUAUGUAUAUAUAUGUAGUCUAAUAUUUCUUUUUAAAUUUUAUUUUCUUAAAUUGGGGAUCUAUCUAUAUAUUACCUCUUCCCAUACGUUGCUAUAAAUUGUCCUUUCAAUUCUCAUUCUUCACUCAAUAGUCUGCAUUUAUCUAUAUAUAUCAGAAACAAUAUUUCAGAACAUUUCUUUAAUUUAUGUUUACAUCACUUCAUCUCUCUAGAUAUAUUAUAGUGAUAUAUGAAUAAAUAGGAAAUAAUAAUAAGUAAUGGAAGGAGGAGGUAUACACAGCACUGAAGGAGGUGAUAGCACAGCUUUCAAAGAGUGCUUGUCUCUAUCAUGGAAGAACCCUUUCGUUCUCCGUCUUGCUUUCUCUGCCGGCAUCGGUGGUCUCCUUUUCGGCUACGACACAGGGGUGAUAUCAGGUGCCCUUCUGUAUAUUAGAGAUGACUUCAAUUCUGUAGACAGGAAAACUGUAUUGCAGGAGAGCAUAGUGAGCAUGGCGGUAGCAGGAGCAAUCAUAGGUUCCGCUAUAGGGGGCUGGUUAAAUGACAGAUACGGAAGGCGAACAGCUAUCCUAGUUGCCGAUUUCCUCUUCUUCAUCGGAGCAGUUCUAAUGGCUUCCGCCCCAAAUCCAUCCGUUCUAAUCUCCGGCAGAGUUUUCGUCGGCAUAGGUGUCGGAAUGGCCUCCAUGACUUCUCCACUCUACAUCUCCGAAGCUUCUCCCGCCAAAAUCCGAGGUGCCCUUGUCAGCACCAAUGGCUUUCUCACCACUGCCGGCCAAUUCCUCUCUUACCUCAUCAACUUAGCUUUCACCAAGGCACCAGGUACGUGGCGGUGGAUGCUGGGAGUUGCCGGAGUGCCGGCCCUACUACAGUUCAUACUUAUGCUUCUCCUUCCAGAAUCGCCACGUUGGCUUUAUAUAAAGGGCAGAGAAGAAGAAGCAGAGGCAAUACUGAGAAAGAUAUACCCGCCACAAGAAGUUGAAGAAGAAAUACAAUCCCUGAAGGAAUCAACCGAAAAAGAUUCCCUCGAGAAAGAUUCCUCGGAGAAAAUCAACUUUCUGAAGCUACUUCAAACGAAAGCAAUUAGAAGGGGGCUCAUAGCUGGAGUAGGUCUCCAAAUCUUCCAGCAGUUUGUGGGCAUAAACACCGUUAUGUACUACAGCCCCACCAUAGUCCAGCUGGCAGGUUUUGCAUCAAACCAAACGGCACUUCUGUUAUCCCUCGUAACAGCUGGACUAAACGCCUUCGGCUCCAUUGUAAGCAUAUACUUCAUAGACAGAACAGGACGAAAGAAGCUUCUAGUGAUCAGCUUAUGUGGAGUCGCAGUCUCCCUCGGGGUUUUAUCAGCUGUGUUUCACGAAACUGCCUCGCACGCACCUGGGGUGAGUGCAAUCGAAACAUCUCGAUUCGCACCGUACACCUGUCCUGACUACCGUUCGGUGGGACCCUCACCUGAUGGUUGGGAUUGCACCAAGUGCUUGAAAGCUUCUUCUCCCGGCUGUGGCUUCUGUUCAUCAUCGACAAAGAACAAGCUGCUUCCUGGAGCAUGUCUGAUUUCAAACAACACGGUUAAGGAAGUUUGUCAUGGAGAAGACAGGGAGUGGUACACAAGGGGGUGCCCUAGCAGUUUUGGAUGGGGAGCACUGAUUGGGCUAGCACUAUAUAUCUUAUUUUUCUCACCUGGAAUGGGAACAGUUCCAUGGAUUGUGAAUUCCGAGAUAUACCCUCUGCGUUUACGUGGGGUAUGUGGAGGCAUAGCUGCCACAGCUAACUGGAUAUCGAACCUGAUUGUGGCACAGUCUUUUCUAUCUUUGACAGAAGCAAUCGGCACUUCUUCGACUUUUCUCAUAUUCGGAGUCAUUUCUGUUGUCGCUCUGUUUUUUGUUCUUGUUUGUGUGCCUGAAACAAAGGGACUUCCGUUCGAAGAAGUGGAGAACAUGCUGGAGGGGAGAGCUUUGCAGUUCAAAUUUUGGAAGAGAUAGACUAUGUAUUUCUGAGAGGUUUUCCUGACGUUUUUAUUGAAUAAAAUAUCUAGCUUCUUCGUAAAUCGUACACACGUAACAUCUUAAAAACACAUUCUACAAGAACUAGAUCAUUCAAGUCUCAAGACCAAAGCAAAGACUUGUAAAAACGAGGACAACAGAAUUACACAAGUUUUGUUUUGAACAUAAUAAACGAUUUGACAAAAACA